AUGUCAGCCCGGGCCCCCGCUGGUCUAAGCGGUGGCGGCCCAGGAAGCCGACCCGGUGUCAGUCACUUGACCCAGUCGCGUAGCCGGUGGCCCCCUUCCUUCUCGAAAUCCGCAAAGAAAGAUUCGCCCCAGCAAAUCUACGGAAACAGGGAGAGGGACUGUCAACGUUGGAAGACGCACACAAGCCCUUUUCCUACACCUGCUGGUCGUCGCCCAGAGCAAACCGCCUCCAGACUCAAGCAUCCGGAAAACAAAACAAGACGCCCGGCGCGGCACUCACGCACUUUCCGGCACGCCGCAGCCGGCGCCGUCCGGAAGAACCCCAGCGCGACUACGCUAACCCAGACGCGGGGACCUCCGCAGCGGCCCUGGGGCCCAGUGGGUGGGGCUUGUCGUCCUGACAACGCGGCAGCGUUGGUCCACACAACCCAGAGAUCACACUUGGCCGACUACAGAGGUCGUGUAUGCCUCAGCAUGGCUCCCAAAGCAAAAAAGUCUGGCAGUAAGAAAAAGAAAAUCACCAAAGCUGACCGGUUGAGGCAGAUACAAGAGGAAGAAGAGAAACGACAAAAAGAGGAAGAGGAGGCACGUGUGAAAUAUGAAAAAGAAGAAAUGGAAAGACUUGAAAUACAACGAAUUGAGAAUGAAAAAUUGCAAAAACUUGAAGCAAAAGAUCUAGAAAGGAGAAAUGAAGAGCUUGAAGAACUUUAUUUAUUAGAAGCAUGUUUUCCUGAAGCAGAGAAAUUGAAACGAGAUGAUAGAUUCCUUUCCCAGUGGAAACACUACAUUCAAUGUGAUGGGAGUCCUGAUCCUUCAGUAGCCCAAGAAAUGAAUACUUUUAUUACCUUGUGGAAAGAGGAAGCCAAUGAAACUUUAGAGGAAGUGAUUGAGAAGAGUAAACUAGUGCUAAAUGAUUCUAUUGAUAAAUACUCUCAGAGAUAUCUUCCUCAGCUGUGUCCAGUAGAGGAAUAAGCCCAUCAAAGGUAUUCUUUGUUUCUGUUGAAAUGACCUCUAGCAUUUCUUUUUGGUUCUUUCUUGGGAUUUCCAUCUUUCAGUUUUACAUCACCCAUCUAAUUCUUGCAUGCUGUCUACUUUAUCCAUUAGAACCCAUAGCACAUUAAUCACAGGUGUUUUAAGUUCCUGUUCUGAUCAUUAAAUCCUACCAUGUCUGUCUGGUUCUACCAUGUCUGGUUCUGAUGCUUGCUUUAUCUUUUCAAAUUGUGGUUUUUGCCUUUUGGUAUACCUUGUAAUUUUUUCUUGAUAGCCAGAUAUGAUGUACUGGGUAAAAAGAACUGUUGUAAAUAAGCCUUGU